UGACACGCAGCUUUGGUUAAAGAGCGGGCGCACAGGAGGGGAGGAGACGGCGCGCGGGAUAGGGAGGAAUGGCCUGUCCCCCUUAAACCAUCACAAGCCAUGGUUGCGGAAGGGCCACGCGCCUCCCAGUAGGAGAAUGACUCCGAUUCGUGACCCUCAGCGCGGGUGCAUGUCGAUGUAAGUGCGAGGCCGGCGAGCAGAGUGUGAGUGGGGGUUGGUGGUGAGGGGAGAUUCUGAUGCAAUCGGCCCGGAAAGGAGGAGGAGAGACAGGCGAGCGCGGACUGGGACAGCCACGCCACUCCGCCUGAAGGUCGCCAGGAGCCUCCGCCCUUCACCUUCCUCGGAAAUCCGCCAGGCCACGCCAAGCUCCCUGCCCAGCCCUGACUGACGGGAGCCACCUUUUCCCGGCCUCCGCAGCCAGACCUUGACACAAAGGACAUCAAACUGCCGAGGGUAAAAACCCCGGAAGGGCAGACACAUCCACGUCGCCUUUCGCCACUUUUCCCUUUAUCUGCGGAGCGUCAAGGAAACUUUUCUUUUGAGCUAUUUACAGCUUGUAGCAAUUAUGUAAAGUAUACUCCUCUGAACAAAAUUUGGAGCAUAUUUGUUUCUCUCUACCUGAUUUCUCCAGAAUCUGGAAACUAUCUAUAUUUAUUGAGUGUCUACUGUGUGCCAGGCACUAUAUCUAUGUGCAUAGAAAAACCCUGGAAGGCUAUACAACAAUAUAUAUAGAGUGAUCGUCUCUGCUUGCUGAGGUAACAGGGGUGUCAAGCUUCCAUUUUUGGUAUCUACUUCUAAAUACACUGAGAACAGGAGAAAUUUGGACUAAUUUUCAAACUACAGAUACUUUCUAAUCAUGAUGCAUUUCAAAAGUGGACUCGAAUUAACUGAGUUGCAAAACAUGACAGUGCCUGAAGAUGAUAACAUUAGCAAUGAUUCCAAUGAUUUCACCGAAGUAGAAAAUGGUCAGAUAAAUAGCAAGUUUAUUUCUGAUCGUGAAAGUAGAAGAAGUCUCACAAACAGCCAUUUGGAAAAAAAGAAAUGUGAUGACUAUAUUCCAGGUACAACCUCCUUAGGCAUGUCUGUUUUUAACCUAAGCAACGCCAUUAUGGGCAGUGGGAUUUUGGGACUCGCCUUUGCCCUGGCAAACACUGGAAUCCUACUUUUUCUGGUUCUUUUGACUUCAGUGACAUUGCUGUCUAUAUAUUCAAUAAACCUCCUAUUGAUCUGUUCAAAAGAAACAGGCUGCAUGGUAUAUGAAAAGCUGGGGGAACAAGUCUUUGGCACCACAGGGAAGUUCGUAAUCUUUGGAGCCACCUCUCUACAGAACACUGGAGCAAUGCUGAGCUACCUCUUCAUCGUAAAAAACGAACUACCCUCUGCCAUAAAGUUUCUAAUGGGAAAGGAAGAGACAUUUUCAGCCUGGUACGUGGAUGGCCGAGUUCUGGUGGUGAUAGUUACCUUUGGCAUAAUUCUCCCUCUGUGUCUCUUGAAGAACUUAGGGUAUCUUGGCUAUACUAGUGGAUUUUCCUUGAGCUGUAUGGUUUUUUUCCUAAUUGUGGUUAUUUACAAGAAAUUUCAAAUUCCCUGCAUUGUUCCAGAGCUAAAUUCAACAAUAAGUGCUAAUUCAACAAAUGCUGACAUGUGUACGCCAAAAUAUGUUACCUUCAAUUCAAAGACCGUGUAUGCUUUACCAACCAUUGCAUUUGCAUUUGUCUGCCACCCAUCAGUCCUGCCAAUUUACAGUGAGCUUAAAGACCGAUCACAGAAAAAAAUGCAGAUGGUUUCAAAUAUCUCCUUUUUCGCCAUGUUUGUUAUGUACUUCCUGACUGCCAUUUUUGGCUACUUGACAUUCUAUGACAAUGUGCAGUCAGACCUCCUUCACAAGUAUCAGAGCAAAAAUGACAUUCUUAUCCUGACAGUGCGGCUGGCUGUCAUUGUUGCUGUGAUCCUCACAGUUCCGGUGUUAUUUUUCACGGUUCGUUCAUCUUUAUUUGAACUGGCUAAGAAAACAAAGUUUAAUUUAUGUCGUCAUAUCGUGGUUACCUGCAUACUCUUGGUUGUUAUCAACUUGUUGGUGAUCUUCAUACCCUCCAUGAAGGAUAUUUUUGGAGUCGUAGGAGUUACAUCUGCUAACAUGCUUAUUUUCAUUCUUCCUUCAUCUCUUUAUUUAAAAAUCACAGACCAGGAUGGAGAUAAAGGAACUCAAAGAAUUUGGGCUGCCCUUUUCUUGGGCCUGGGGGUGUUGUUCUCCUUGGUCAGCAUUCCCUUGGUCAUCUAUGACUGGGCCUGCUCAUCGAGUGGCGACGAAGGCCACUGAGACCCGCCAAGAAAAAGAAACAGCCCUGUUGUCUGCUCAGUCAAGUCCCCACACAUCAGCAAUCUCUCAUCACUUAUUCUGCAAGUUUACAGAAGCAAACAGAAAUGUACAGAAUACUUAAAAUGGAAUAAUACUUUGGUUGCAAAACAGAGACGUGUUUCUAUAAUGCUUCAUGUCCCUCCAAGAUUUGGGAUCAAUUUAGGGAUUGUUAAUUUUUUUUUUCAAUUUUCAUACAAUCAUAUUUCCCAGUACUUUUCACAGUCAUUUUUUACCCGUCUAACUCUAUGUUUUGUGGCUUCCCGGUCUCUUAGAACUUUGGAAACAUGAUAUGCAAUCAUGUUUAUUUAUUAUACAUCCAGAUUCUGAAAUAAUUUUCCUACUGAUGUUCAGCUCACACUAUCUGUACCUUUUUAGAAAAGAAUCUUGAAUUGUAUAUAUUUAUUUUGCUUUACAGAAAAAAAAUGGUUUCGUAAAUAAUUUGCCUAUUUUGGUUAACAUAGCACACAGAGAUAAUCAUCUGAAAGUUAUAGGGCACUGCCACUGCUGAAUCAGAGCAUGCCCAAUAUUUGAGGUGGCUCUGAUCGCCUGGCAGCUGAGCUCGGGUAGUCCAGUGGACUAGCUGGUACCACAUCCAUUCCCAUCCGGAGACAUUCUCUGGCAAGUGUUCUCAGCUGAAAAGUGGUUGGGGAGGAUUCUUACCUUGGUAAUUAAAUGAAGCUACACAUUUGGGUAAUCUAGCAAAUGAAGUAUUGUUUCCCUCUUGGCAACUUGUGUCAGAGUUACUCUGGUCUGAGUCAACUUUCGCUGGGGAAAACCUGUGGAACCCACUGCAAAAUGAUUGUCCAAAAUGCCUAAGAAAAUACUACUCUGAUGCGUUUAGCCUUCAACCCUGUCUCGCUGAAGGGAGAAAAAUGUUUUAGUACAUUACAGGCCCAGCAGCUUUUAUUCAUGUCCACCAGCUAGUUGCACAGAGAAUCAUGUGUACCUAACUAAGGAUGAUCUAGGAUAAGUAACUCCUGUUUUAUAUUGAGUACUUUAGGGAAGUCUUUAGAAGACUUGUUUUAUAUCUAUAAAUCUAGGUUAUUACAAAUACAAGAUUUUGUACCUUAAAUAAGCCUCAUUUCCAUUUCUUCUUCAUUAAUUCUCCAUCUAGUCUUGUGGGAAAAAAAAAAAAAAAAAACCCUCAGAGAUAGUCUUUGUGAAGAGCUUCUGACAGAAUCACUGAGUACCUUCCUUCCCCCAGACGAGGAAGACAAGGGGGUCUCCGUGUCUGUGCUGUCUCCUCUUCUCUUCCCCAACCAAGGACUGUGCCAUUACUGCCCAUCUCCAUUGCUGUCCAUGCAGGAGGACAGAGUUGCCUGGUACUCUUACCCUAGUCCCUCUCCUAAAGGGAGCACGAGGAAACUGAAGAGACUGAAAGAGAGGAGAGUUUGUAGCUGAAAAAGGAAUAGGGAUAGCAAGGAAACCCAGAACUGCACUCCCCUAAGUGGGGCCAUGCCCUGUGAUUGAAUUGUCCAUAGCUUGCAUAUGGUGAGAAAUGUGCAUGCUCCGUGAGCUGGUCUCUUGAAACAGGACUUAUGUUUCCUCUAUAUUCUGGUUGAAUUUUCCAAACACAUAAGUUCACUGAGCACAGAUUUCUUAUCCAGAGAUAAGUAGAAUCUAACUGCAGACUGUUUGCAGAGUUUCCAGGCACUUAGCCAUAUUCUCUUCCUGACUCAAAUCCCCAAAGGCCUUCACUCUCACUGAGAAUCACACUAAUGUCCCAUAGAUACGGCAGGCAUUGAAGCACUUGUCGUGAUCCUCUUGGGGGGAGAAUGAAAGGUUAUUUCCUGCAUUGCAUCAUCAUAGCUUUUAAUAUAAUGCUACAGAAUCAUAUCCACAUUAGGUCAGAGUUCAGAUAUCUAGAUAUGAAUACCUACCCUAGCCAUAUCUAUGGUCAUCUCUGUCCUUUUCAGCAAUGUUUUCCAUAUUAUAUUAGCAAUGACAGAAACAGAACAAGCCAAGAUUCAGUCGGUUCUUGGGAGCUUGUCUAGAGCACCAGUAAUGAAAUAGCCAGGAAGUGGGAUGACCUUACCUUUAAAAAUACAUAAUUUAGUUCACAAGCUAUAUUAUGCUACUUUCUAUUUUCUUCGUUACUUUAUAGCAUUUCAUUUUACACUCACAAAGUCAAUUUAGAACAUUAUCAUUAACUGGGAUGUGUAGGAUAUUUUUGGGCCUCUGGGUUUCAUGUGUCAAUACAAGGAAUAUUUAUUUAAAAUAGAUUUGUUUAGAGGAGGCACACUGUUGUUGCUGUAUGUGAUGCCACACAUAUUUUUAAAAACCUUUGUAUGUUUAUCUAAAUUUGUUGUUGACUGAAUAUAAUAGACCUACUGUAAUUUGUCAAAUAUCAAUGAUUAGUUACAUCCUUUGUGUGGGAUUAGCUGUAAAGUGUACUGCUCUUAUUCUUGUUCAGAAUGUUCAGAAUAGUGAAUUGGUAGCCAAAAAUACAUGUAUCACAGAUGUUAGGUCGAAUUUAAACAGCACAGUCAAGUGCUCUGGAAGUUUUUCUGCUAAAUUAGUAGAUUAAAGAAUACUAUACCUUAGCCAUGGGGAGCAGCACGUUUUCCUUUGGUAGGUAGGAUCUCUAUACUAGUGAACAGUGCCAGUUUCACACUUUGGAUUUAGAACUGUUCUCUAGUUAUUGUAACACAGAAUACUGUCAAUUCCUAAUUUACUUAAUGUUACUUAUUGGAAGUGGGGCUGUUGAAAUAUGCACAGGAGGGAAACCUACUCUGUUUAGGCACAGGGAGCCCCAAUAUAUAAGGAGAUCAUAUUCCAAAGGUUGUCAGUUGAUUGUUUGCAACCUGGAAUGUAUUUUCCUUUAGAGACCACGUUAUCCAAGGUGGUUAAGCCCCUAGAGCAGUUGAAAAAGAUGAUCAAACCUAUAGUUUAGCUGAAAUCGAAUAAUGUAAUAGGUUUGCUAAAGAAUCUAACCAUCAAAUAUAAUAUUGUUUCCAGGGAGGGUGUUUGUUCAGAGUUGCCUGUUAGUAGAAUCUGGACUAUCCAUCCCAGCCACAUCCCACCUACUGAACAGUGGGGGUAGAGAUGCCACCGGACUACAGGUGACCAGAGUGGCCUGAAACAUGGUGUCCAGCAAAAAUGGGGAGGAAUAAGUCCAUAACUGCCAGAGAGCCUGAUGGUAGGAGGAGGGUGAAGGAGGGUGAAGGGGCCUCUCAUGGGUCAGAAACCUCCAGGGACAUCUGUCAGCUGCUACCUCUGCUGUUGUCCGGAGGGUUCAGGCAUGGUCUGCCUUCUUCUGCUUGUCUGACUUUUGGCUCCUAUGGCCCAUAUCCUGCCCUGGCCACCACAGAAAAGGAUGCUGCUGCACAGCUUCUCCCAUGUACCAGUCAUUGAGGCCAGCGCACAGCACUUUUAAUGUUUUUAGUGCUAGUAACCAUGUUUUGACUCUCCAGGAAUCAGCUGGGAGGUUAGAAAACAAGAAAAAAGAAAAAGAAAAAAAAAAAAAAACCUCUCCACCCACUUUCCUUUUUUACAGGUACAGACCCUGUUGAGAAAAAGCAGCACCCAGAUGGGUGAUGGCGAUAGGGCUUAUGGUGGACACAGGGUUGUGGUAAGAUUCCUCAGUGUUUCGGAGAGCACCUAAGACUGUUACCCUGGAACUGACUGCUUUUUGGAGCUUGAUUCAUGCCUCUAAGCCAGUGGUUCUCAAAGUGUGGCCCCUGGACCAGUAGCAUUAGCAUCACCGGGGACCUCAUUAGAAUGCAGAUUCUCGGCCCCCUCCCAGACACGGUGAAGUCAGAAGCUCUCAGGGAGGGACUCAGCAGAUGAUUCGAAAGUGCAUCAAGUUUGAGAACCACCCUAAGUCAAUGAGUCUCCCUUUUACUUCCCAUUUGUCCUACCUCACAAGAUGAUUCCUAGGACUCAUGGUGCAAGAUACAGGAGCAAGGCUUUAGGGAGGGGAUGAAAGGAGCCUGGCGGCAGGGGUCUCUGCAAUGGCAAGAAAGCGAGUGAAUCCAGGGAUGCCACCUGGUCAUCCCCCUCUCGUUGAAAAUACCAGUGCAGGUGCACAUCCCUAAACACAGGCUGCCUGUACUCGGUGUUACCUCGGGCUGAGGAGUGAUAAUAUUUUAUUUUUUAAAGCUGUGAGGAAAUGAAAGUGAGGCUUUAGUGGGGGCGGGGCAGUUGUGAAA